AUGUGGAGGCUCAAGGUGGCGGAGGGCGGCGGCCCAUGCCUACGGUCGACCAACGGCUUCCUUGGGCGAGCCGUGUGGGAAUUCGACCCAGACCUUGGCACGUUGGACGAGCAUUCCGAGGUGGAGAAGAUGCGCCGGGAGUUCACUGAGAACCGCUUCAAGCGGAGGGAGUCUUCCGAUCUCCUCAUGCGCAUGCAGUGCGCAAAGGAAAACGGUCCUCAACGAGAUCUUCCACGCAUCAACCUUCAGGAGGAUGAACAGGUCACUGAAGAAAUUGUACUCAACUCGUUAAGGCGAGCUUUGGAUAAGUUCUCUUCUCUGCAAGCCAGUGAUGGGCACUGGCCCGGUGAUUUUAGUGGGGUCAUGUUCAUCAUGCCUGGCUUGAUAUUCGCAUUGUAUGUCACCAAAUCACUCAAUGUUGUGAUAUCACCCGAACAUCGGCGUGAGAUAUGCCGCUACAUAUACAACCAUCAGAACGAAGAUGGUGGAUGGGGCACUCUUAUAUUAGGCUCAAGCAGCAUGUUUGGCACAUGUUCAAAUUACAUCACCCUAAGGCUUCUCGGCGAGGAGCUAAAUGGCAAGAACAAUGCAUUGGCUAAAGGGCGUGCAUGGAUCCUAACCCAUGGUGGUGCAACCUUGGUGCCCCAGUGGGGAAAAAUAUGGCUUUCGAUACUUGGAGUGUACGAUUGGUCAGGAAAUAAUCCAAUUUUCCCUGAACUAUGGCUAUCUCCCCAAUUUCUUCCAUUUCAUCCAGGGAAAUUCUGGUGCUUAACCCGUAUGGUUUAUCUCCCAAUGGCUUACCUUUAUGGUAAGAAAUUCGUGGGACCAAUUACAUCAACUAUACUGGCCAUCAGAGAGGAGAUUUAUGACUCUUCAUAUGAAAAGAUUGACUGGAGAGGACCUGCUCUGUCCACGGACACCAUUUGCAAGAUCUUUGUUUGGACUUCACUUUACAAGUAUGUGGAACCGAGAUUGAGCUGUUGGCCAAUGAAUAAACUGAGGGAGAAAGCUCUGAGGAAUCUCAUGGAGCAUAUCCAUUAUGAAGAUGUGAACACGCAGUAUGUCUGCAUAUGUGCUGUAAACAAGACUCUGAACAUGGUCUGCUGCUGGGUAGAAGAUCCAAAUUCAGACGCAUUCAGGUGUCAUCUUGCAAGGAUACCUGAUUUCUUGUGGCUCUCAGAAGAUGGCAUGAAAGCACAGGUAUAUGAUGGUUGUCAGAGCUGGGAGACAGCUUUUAUAAUUCAAGCAUUUUGCGCUACAGAUCUUGUCAAUGAGUAUGGUCCAACUAUUCAGAGAGCCCAUGAGUUCAUAAAACAUUCACAGGUUCUCAGGAAUCAUCCUGGUGACCAAAGUUACUGGCAUCGUCAUACAUCAAAGGGUUCAUGGACUCUUUCAUCUGCAGACAAUGGAUGGGCUGUCUCUGACACUACAGGAGAAGCACUGAAGGCUGUACUGCUGUUAUCAAAAAUCUCAAACAACCUUGUCGGGUAUCCAAUAGAAAGAGGAAGGUUGUAUGAUGCUGUUGAUUGCCUUCUAUCUUUUAUGAAUACAGAUGGUACCUUUUCAACAUAUGAAUGCAAAAGAACUUCUUCUUGGAUAGAGAUCCUCAAUCCUUGUGAGAGUUUUCCAAACAUGGUUGUUGAUCAUCCUUAUCCAGAAUGCACUUCAUCAGUGCUUCAAGCGCUGGUACUGUUCAAAGAAUUAUACCCUUCCUACCGUACCAAAGAUAUAAAAAAAUGUAUCAGAAGCGCGACAACAUUUAUUGAGAGCAGACAACAAGAAGAUGGUUCUUGGUUAGGAACUUGGGGUGUAUGUUUCACCUAUGCGGCCUUCUUUUCGAUUAAAGGAUUGGUUACUGCUGGAAGAACGUACGAGAAUAGCCCUUCUAUCAGGAAAGCAUGUCAGUUUCUAUUGUCGAAGCAGCUCAAUACUGGUGGAUGGGGAGAAAGCCAUGUAUCUAAUGAAACUCAGGUUUAUGUAAAUUUCAAAGGUGACCGUGCUCAUGCAGUGAAUACUGCUUGGGCAAUGCUGGCUUUAAUUUAUGCUGGACAGAUUGAGCGUGAUCCAGCACCACUACAUCAUGCUGCGAAAGAGCUGAUCAAUAUGCAGAUGGAAACAGGAGAAUUUCCUCAACAAGUAGGUUCAUCCUCCACAUAG